CCUCAACUGCAUUCUGAGUAGUCAUUAUUUUCGAACAACACUAGUCCUCUAUCAUGGCGGAACCUCUCAAUCUCAGUGAUCUCCAGGAGCCGUUAAACCUUCCCUUUCCUGCCGCGACAAAACAAGUUGCUGGACUGGUCAAUGGUACCCAGACCGAUGUGAUGUGCAUUAGUUUCAACGACAGAAUUUUGAUCACUAUCUCGCAGAAGGGCCGACUUGGCCAUUGGCUACAUGUACCGUUGGAAAACAGAAAUCCUGGAACUGAUGGCGCUCAUACCCUCCCAGAUUCUGAUGAUAGUCUUCUUCCCAUUAGCAGCCUUACCGCAACCUCGUUGCUUGGGGGUCAUGUUCCUGGACAUGACACAGUGGGUCAACUCUACGCUCGCCAGAUAGCCAGUGCCAUUGUGACGAAGACGCCGAAUGAAAAGCGUCUUCUGGUCGUUGGACUUGGGCUUGAGACCGCUGAUGCUCACCGGGAUAUCUUCUUCUCAAUAAUAGAUCUUGUGCUUCAAUGCAUUUAGCGAUUGGAAAAGGAAGGAGAAAGACCUACAAACACAGAUCGAGAAGCCUGGCCCCUGUAUCUUCUUUUUAUUCCGCUCAAUCUUUAAGAGGUAG